AUGUCUAAAAUUAAUUCUCUCAUUAACUAUAUAUCUAAAAGAAGCAUUUCUAUAACAGCACCAAGAGAAGGGAAACGAAAUUUCAGGAAGUUUGUAAUUGCCAAUAAGCGAGGUUCUAGACUUCACAAACAACAACAGAUGACCGAAAAUCGGCAGUUACCAAUGGAUAAGUUAGGAGUUCGUGAUACAGGAUAUUACGUGAAGGGACGUUUAGUCACUGUACCAGAGAUGAUACCAGAUAUAAUAGUCCCAGACUUAAAAGAUUUCGAUCUCAAACCGUACGUAUCUUACAGAACUGAAGACAUUAAUCAAAGCGAAUUCACUCCUGAACAGCUAUUUGAUGCUGUUUACAGCAAGAAAAUUGUCACGGACUUUAAGCAAGGAAAGCUUGACAGUGAAGGGAAUCCCUUAGAACCUUCGGAAGAGGAGAAAUUACAACCUGACGAAGCAGUCAAACGAGCAAAGAGAACUGGCUCAGAUAUAUUUUAG